GAUCGGCCGCAGCAUCGAGUAGUCGCUGCUUGACCAGUGUGCACGCGUGGCACGUGACACAUCGUACUGAAUUAUAGAGUAAUUGAUACGAUUCUGGAUAAGCGAGCCUCAUAUCAUCGUACCAAUUUGUAGUUGCUCGCGCAGUGUCUCCGGUGUCUCCUCGCCUCCUGCCUGAUUACGUUCUAUUUUUAUACGGCGCGACGAAUAUGGCGUUGUUCCGCGGUCUAUUUAAUUUCUUUCUGGACGAUAGUAAGUUAGACGAGAAAAUUGGCAUGACGGAGAGGCAAAAGAGGCUGGUGCAGAACACAUGGGCGAUCGCUCGUAAAGACGAGGUGUCGGCCGGACUUGCCAUUAUGAUCGCCUUUUUCAAACAAUAUCCCGAAUAUCAAAAGCAAUUUAAGACAUUUAAAGACAUCUCGAUUGACGAGUUGCCAAAAAACAAGAGAUUUCAAGUGCAUUGUGCCAGUAUUAUAUCGACAUUUAGCAAACUGAUUGAGCAAAUGUACGAUCCGGAAUUGAUGCAAGCGAGCCUGAUUAAUGCGAUAGAAAAGCACAAGCAUCGCGGGCAAACGCAGGAGCAGUUUGAACAUUUAAGACAGUUGUUGAUAAGUCUCUUCCCCUCCUUAUUCGGGAAACAGUACACGCCGGAGGCGCAGGAGGCUUGGAAAAAGAUGUUAGACUUGAUCUUUUCGACCAUUCACGAGAUUUAUAAAAAUUAAUAUAUGCGUGUGUGUGUGUGUGUAAUUGUAAUUGACAAAAAUGUAUGAUGUAUAUUGUAUACGUAUAGAGCUUUUCGCGAAAAUAAUAAUUUAUCAAAAGAUUUAUAAUCGAACGCACACAAUGGGGCGAUAUGGGGUUUUGAGCAACGCAAUUUACAUACAACUAAUUAAAUAUAAUUAAUCAUUUGCAAUUAAUUAUGCGUCAAAAAGAGAAUAAUGUUUGUUGUUUCUUAUCAUUAUAAUUUUAUCGACUCGCGUUUCAACGAAAAAGUGGUCGAAACUUGAUUGACUAUAACAUAAUAUAUUGUGAGAAAAUUUCUACUGUGUUAUAUGUUUCGCAAGAAAUGUGUAAUUUGCCUAUUAACAA